CCCCCUCUGGUCACACUUACGCAUUUUCCGAAAAAUAAAAAACAGCAAAAGAGUUGAAAAUAUAAAUUCCUGGCAUUUCCUGCGGCGCUUUUCAUCGCCCAUCAUGCUUUACCUGGAGGACUACCUGGAGAUGAUCGAGCACCUGCCGCAGGAGCUGCGCGACCGCUUCACGGAGAUGCGCGAACUGGAUCUGGCCGUUCAGAACAACAUGGACUCGCUGGACAAGAAGGCGCACCUGUUCUUCAAGCAGUGCAAGCGCGACGAGCUGCAGCACGAGUCGAUGGACACGGAGUUCCACAGCCUGCGCGGCGAGUACUUCAAGGUGAUGGAGGACGCCGACGAGAAGGUGGCCAUUGCCACGCAGAUUCACGAGCUGGUGGAGCGCUACCUGCGCCGCCUGGACAGCGAGCUCUUCAAGUUCAAGUGCGAGCUGGAGGCGGACAACAACGGCAUCACCGAGAUCCUCGAGCGGCGCUCCCUGGAGCUGGACGGCAACUCCACAGCCGCCACUGCCCUUCUGCUGAGCAUGAAUCAAAAGGAGAAUCGCUACUAUGGCGGCAAUAGUUCGGCCAAUAGUCUCGUGAACAGCAGCUCCACCGGUCACUCUUCCAGUGCCGCCACCGGGCCAUCCUCCGCGGCCAUUUCCCUGGUCAGCGGAGCCGCCGUGGGCGUCGCCUCGCUGUCCAGCAUCUCCGGCUCCGGCCAGCUGAGCUCCAGCCAGCGGCACCGCAAGCUGGAGAAGCGCCGCGAGACCAUUUGCACCGUGCCCGUCCAGGAGAAGCGCGCCAAUCUGAAUCACUCGCUGCCGGUGGUUAAUUCGGGUGCCGCCGCAGGAUCGGUUUCCUCCUCUUCCUCCGCCGGUGGACCAGUGGGCGCUGCAGUUGCCGGUCAUGUUGCAUCCGCCCAGGCGCAGGCCUCCGCCUCUCACAUAGGCAGCAUUGCCGCCACGCAUCUCAGUUUGCCAGUGGCUGUCGCCGGUGGAAGUGGCAGCCUGGUGGGUGGCUCUCUAACCUCGGCAGCUGGCUCUCUAGUGCGGCAGCUGCCCACGAAUCUGGCGCACAGUGUGCUGAGCAGCUCGGGAGGAGGAGGAACAGCGGGAGGAGCUACUCCAACGGCAGGGAACGCCACGCCCGUGGUCACAACAGGCCACGCCCACUCUAGCGGCGGCGCUGGAGGAGGAGCCACGGUCACGUACAACCUGCAGCAACUGGGCGGCGGAGCAGCUGCAUCUAGUGCCAUUGCAGCGGCCGCCAGUCAGGCGAUUGUGGCCACGCAGCAAAUGCAGCAGGGCCGCCGAACGGCGAGCUUGAAAGCCAGCUAUGAGGCUAUCCAUGGCACCGCAGGCACCACGGCGGAGUUCUGGUCGCAGGCGGGACAAUCUGGCCUGCAGCCAGCGGCGGCGGGAUCGGUGACGGUCUCUGCAGGCACGGCUUUAACCAGCGGCACCAGCAGCGGCUCGCAUCAUGGCUCGCAGCACUCGCAGUCGCAUCACAGCAGUCAUUCGCAUAGUCACACUCACGGGCAUGGCCAUGGACAUGGUCAUCACAGCGGCAGCAGCGGCAGCAGUCACCACCAGGAGAAAAAGCAGAAGAAGAAGCUGACGCUGCCCACGGUUCAGCCGACGACGGCGGGCGGCUCCUCGUCGGGCAACUCAAUGGGCUCGGCCUCCUCGUCGUCGAUGAGCGUGGAAUCCCAUUCCGUGGGCAAGCUGACCACAACGGCCAUGGCCAUGGCCGCGGCAGCAGCCUCGGGAUCCACCUACAUGUCGGUGGGUGGACAGACUUUGGUGGCCAUGGGAACUGCAGCAGGUGGAGGAGGAUUAACAGAGGGCGGAUCCACGGACGUGCCAGCUGGGAUGAUUGCCAUGAAUCUGCCCAGCGCCACGGUGGCUCCUGGCUCCAGUUUGACCAUCGGCGAGAAUGGUUUGGUCGUCGAGCAGACAAACGAGGGCGAAUGGUCGUAUGACCCCAACGAACCGCGCUACUGCACCUGCAACCAGGUGUCCUACGGCGACAUGGUGGCCUGCGACAACGACGCCUGCCCCUACGAGUGGUUCCACUAUCCCUGCGUGGGCAUCACGCAGCCGCCGAAGGGCAAGUGGUACUGCCCCAAGUGCACCGCCUCCAUGCGGCGGCGGGGCAACCGAAAGAACUGAGGCCGACCGAGCCUGCUGGCGCCCCUCUUCCGCGGCGGAGGAGGCGGAGGAAGCGGCUGGUCGCGUCGCUAGAGGAUGGGGAUGUGGAUGAGGAAGUGGAGGCCAGGGAGCAGAAGCCAAGUAUUCAAUAAAAUUAGGUCAGCAAGGGA